CUUGUAAAUCAGAAUCAAUUUGACAAAUGCACUCGUUCGAUGUAUCGCGCGAUCAAGUUCACUCGUGUUUUUCAAUUAGUAUCAACUUUUAUGUCAUUGCGUAUAAAAUUUUAAACGUGUAAAGUAUCAUAUCUGCUAUUCUCGCAACGAACACUAUCGACGUUGAAAAACAUUCGAUAAUGUCGUCCAAAUGGAACGAAAGAUUAGUGACCAAUUUCUUGAAAGUAUAUAAGCAGUAUCCGUGCUUAUGGAAUCCUUACCACAAGGAUUAUCACAAUUGCAGAGAAAAGAACGAAGCGUUGCAGAAAAUUAACGACGAGUUCGGAACACAUGGCUUCACCGUAACCGACUAUUUGGAACAAAUCAAGAUAAUAAGAGAAAAGUAAUGUACAAGCAGGAGCAAACCCGAACGAUCAAAGGAUUGCAAUCGCAGAGGCAAUAUAAAUCACCGUUCCCCUGGUACAAUCUAGUCACCGAAAUGUUAGCAAAAGUGAUCGACGAUGAAAAAAAAACGAGUUCCGAGAUGAUUUUGAAAACCAAGCAUCCGGGCGUGUCUGUAUUGAAAUCAUUGAGCAGCGACAGCGUACGAGUCUCGCUGAGAAAAAAAACGAAACCCCUAAGAGUUCGUCCGUGCACAGCCGCGACUUGCGACGAGAUCGUUAGGAGAAACAAAUUACCUCGUUCCGAUGGAAAAAGUAAUCCAAUACCGGACAAAGUUAACGAAGCAGGAACGAAAUACGUACCCUGUCCAAGAGCAAGGACGUUGAGAAGUAUUUCCAAAGACCCAGAAGAGGAUAGACUUUCGAAUCACAGGCCUACGAGAGACACCGAGUCGAAAGCAACGGGACAUCCGGUGACCGUUCCAUACACAUCGAUUGAUUCGACACCCGACGAUAUAAUAGGAGGAUCCAAUAAAAAUUACGAACCACAAUUUCUGCAGUGUCCUUUGUGCGGUUGGGAAGACGCAAAAUAUAAACAAACCGAAAGAAACACAGCGAUACCUGUACUGGCGCAAAGAAAUUUUAUUCCCUGUUCCGAUUACUAUACUGAUUAUUCUCAAGGACGGUAUACAGCAUGCACCGGCUGCGAUAGAAAGACGAUAUCACGUUCCGAUUAUUCGACCAAUUAUGCGGAUAAUUCCGGAGAUUUUGAGAUUCUGAGAGGCCUGUUGAAACAAGUACCUGUUAGAUCAAUCAUGAAGUCGGUAAAGGACGUUGAUGUUGAAGUACAAUGCGACAAAGAAGCCGAGAAAGUGAUUAAGGAUGGAAUUUUUGUACGUGGACCCGUUCAGUCACAAAUCGUACAAUUCGAUCCUGCGUUAACAAAUAAAUUUCAAGGUGCCACCAUAGAGGCGUGCACUCGAUUGGAAAUUGUCCUGUCGAACUCGAAGGAAACUGAGAAACAGAACAGGUUCCCGGCUCAGAGCGUCUGUCAAAGUACACAGGGAAUUCAAUGUAUGAGAUUGAAAUCAUCUACGAAAGAGACGCAAUUCUCUCCUGAAAUAGUUACUCCCGUGGACAAGACAAAGGAGACAGGUGUCAACACCGUGAAUUACGUCGAACGAGAGACACAAGACACAAUUUGCGUGUCAGAUAGAACGAGACGUUGCGUCUCCCUUCAAACCUUGAGUCAACAUUGCGUUAAAGAUCCGGUCCGUACGAUGGAAUCAAAGGAAGUAACAGUGAAUAUAAUAGAUAAAGCAUCGAAAGGGAUUCAGAGCACAAUGUGCGUGUCGCGUGGAAGUUUGGCCCGCUCUUCGUCCUUCGGAAGAGCGAAGGCCACUGAAACUACACCGUUUGUUCAUAAAAUUCGUAGCGGCCUUUGCGUCGCUACUAAUUGUCCUGACGAACAUAACUCGAACUUUGAUCGACACGUUGGUACUAACGCGCAAUGUUCAUCCGUGACUCGAGCCAAGUCCCAUGAAUCUAUAACAUGUUGCAUUCAACGUACGGAUUCGAAGGAAUCACAACAAUUCGAGGCUCCGUGUAAACUGGACACAUGUCCACGCAACAUAAGCGAAAUUAUUAAGGAUCCUACCGUAGCAUUCAUGUUGCAACAAUUACUUUACAAGAUGUUGUCAUCCAGGAUUGAAUCCAGCACACAGAAUACAAAAUCAUUGAAAACGUCGGACGCUCAGACUGAUCACAGACCUAAAUGCAACGAGAGAAGGAAUUGCAAGGUCGACGUAACCGAAAUGGUAGGGAAAAUUAAAGAAUUCGCAACGAAGGCAUUAGGGUCGAAACAAAUAUUUGCAGAAGCCGAGGCACCUAACGCUGUCGUGCAUAAACCGACAAUGAUCGAGAGAAGUGAUUUUGAUCCAUUGUUCGAGUCUACCGGGAUUAUUGAGGAUAAGGUUCAGCGUUUCUCUGCGGACGAAACGGGAUUAUUGAAAGAAGGAAACAAAUUUCCAGCUGAGAACAAAGAGGUUUCGGUUUGUUCAGAGUGUCGAGAUAUUGGAACCAGUAGGUCGUCGUCGCAAUUGCCUGUUUACGACGUCGGAAUUCAAUAUAGAUCGCGAUCGUUAGAGGAUUCCGCAUUUACGAACAAAUAUGAAAUGAACGAACGAAGGAGGAUAAGCGUCGGUACUCAGAAGCGAGAUCCUAUAUUGGUUCGAGUGAUAAAGUGCAACGAGAGCCAAACGAUUAUGAAAUUUGAUAAAGAGACGCUAACCACGGCCAGCGAUGUUGAUCUUGGAAAAAGAUACAUCGACAAGCAUGUAGAAACGUGUGGUCGAUCAACUUGUCUGUCUUCUGCAGUUUAUCGGAAAUUGAAAGGAUUAAACUUAGAAUCCGCUUAUGAGAAAAAAUACAAUUAUCAAUUAGAAAGCGAUGAUCGUCAGCGGUCGUAUAAGAAUUACAUAUGUGAUGAGAAUUGCAAGGAUAAUCACGAUCAGGAUUGGACGGACGUUACGAAUAUCGAGUCGUUUCGCAAUCCCAAUAAUUCCAAAAUCCCAUUAUGCGUGAGGCCGCGUAAAUGUACUUUCGCGAACUGCAAAUAAUUGGAAAUCGACGAUGCAAUAAAAUGUUAACAAAAUGAGAAUAUGCACAUAAUUUUAUA